AUGGUCAAAAUCGGUGAAUUGGAAGUUACGCAACGAGAUCUAUACAUGCCUGAAAGUCGAGUUCCUGUCAAGGGUGGUGUACUUGAUUUGCGAAUGGGUACCUCGAAUAAAGAAGCAGUAUGCGAUACGUGUGGCAAGAAAAUGCAAGAAUGUGUUGGUCACUGGGGUUACCUUAAACUGGUCUUGCCUAUUUUUCAUAUUGGUUACUUUAGAGCAACCUGUAGUCGUGUUAUGCUCGAAGAACCGGAGCGACGAAGUUUUUUGCGACGACUACGUGCGCCAGGAUUGGAUAACCUGCAACGUAUGAAGAUUGUCAAGAUGAUUAACGAAAGGUGCAAGAAAAUUAGCUAUUGUCCUCAUUGCAGUAGUGUGAAUGGCGUCGUCAAGAAAGUUGGUCCGAUGAAAAUAACCCACGACAAAUACCGCUUGAAGCGAGUAGCUAAUGAAGCUGAAGAAUUUCGAAAAUCAUUCAACGCUGCGGCAAAUACGAUGCCAGAAAUAAAAACGCACAUCGCUAAGGCUCAAGAUGACUUGAAUCCACUUAAAGUGCUGCGAUUAUUCCAGCGAGUAACACCAGAGGAUUGCGAAUUGCUUGGUCUCAGCGAAGAACACGGUCGCCCCGAGUGGUAUAUUUGGCAAUAUCUUCCUGUCCCACCAGCAUGUAUUCGACCAUCCGUUAUGCAGGACGACAACACGAGUAAUGAGGAUGAUUUGACAGCUAAAUUGACUGAAAUUGUAUUUACGAACGCUAUCAUCCGAGCUGGCUUGGAGAAGGGCAUCACAGUCAUGAAUCUGAUGGAGCAGUGGGAAUUUUUGCAACUGGCUGCUGCCAUGUAUAUCAACAGUGAACUGCCUGGUAUUCCCAACGCUGCUCAAGGUAAACCUAGUCGUGGUCUCAGUCAGCGUUUGAAGGGUAAACAAGGUCGUUUCCGUGGUAAUUUGUCCGGUAAACGUGUGGAUUUCUCUGGACGUACCGUUAUUUCGCCCGAUCCCAACAUGCGUAUCGACCAAGUCGCCGUCCCUGAUCGUGUCGCAAAGAUCUUGACUUUCCCUGAACGCGUCAACCAGCACAACAUCCACAAGCUUCGCCAGUGCAUCAUCAAUGGCCCGUUGGUUCAUCCAGGUGCCAACUAUGUCCAAUACGCUAACGGUGGAUUCAAAAAGUCAUUAAAGUUCGGUGACAGAGCAAGAACUGCCUCGGAACUUAAGAUUGGCGAUCUUGUCGAACGUCAUUUGUCGGAUAAUGACGUCGUGCUUUUCAAUCGUCAGCCCUCGCUUCACAGACUGUCUAUCAUGGCGCAUUUUGCCAAGGUCAUGCCCUGGCGAACGUUCCGUUUCAACGAAUGUGUCUGCUCACCAUACAACGCCGAUUUUGACGGUGACGAAAUGAACAUGCACUUGCCGCAAACACAAGAAGCUAAAGCAGAAGCUAUCGAAUUGAUGGGUGUCAAAAACAACCUAGUAACACCUCGUAACGGUGAACCACUCGUUGCUGCUACUCAAGAUUUCAUUACUGCAUCCUAUUUGCUCUCUCACAAAGACACAUUUUAUACCCGCGCAAUGUUCACGCAUAUUUGCACUUACAUGUUUGACGCCAAUACACACAUCGAUAUUCCACCACCGGUCAUUUGGAAGCCUCAACGUCUUUGGACUGGCAAGCAAAUCUUCAAUGUUUUGUUCAAGCCAAACAAGAAGAGUCAAGUGUUGGUGAAUGUGGAAGCCAAGACGAAAUCGUUCGUAAAGGAAGAAGGCCGUUGCCCUGAUCUUUGUCCGAAUGACGGUUGGUUGGUCGUGCAAAAUAGUGAAAUCAUGUGCGGCUUGGUUGACAAAGCUGUUGUUGGUGAUGGCAACAAGAACUCGGUAUUCUAUGUAAUUUUGCGUGAUUAUGGAGCAGUUGAAGCAGCCAAGUGUAUGAAUAGACUUGCAAAACUCUGUGCUAGAUGGCUUGCCAACCAAGGUUUCUCCAUUGGCAUCAGCGAUGUUACUCCCGGAAAGCGUCUACGAGAGAUCAAGGAUGAAGAAGUAGCAGAUGCAUACAAAAAGUGCGAUGAAGUUAUCGCAAAGUUCAAGGCGGGCCAACUGGAAACUAUGCCUGGUUGUAACGAAGAGCAAACUAUGGAGUCUAUUGUCUCCGGUAUCUUGUCUGGUGUUCGUGGUGAUCUCGGUAAAGUCUGUAUGACUGAACUGAACAUGUACAAUUCUCCCAGUAUCAUGGCUCGGUGUGGUUCUAAGGGUUCGCAGAUUAACGUGUCUCAGAUGGUUGCUUGUGUCGGUCAGCAAAUUAUCAGCGGUAGCCGUGUUGCCAACGGUUUCCAGGAUCGUUCGCUUCCUCACUUUGUGAAGCAUUCGAGAAGUCCCCCUGCAAAGGGUUUCGUACGAAACAGUUUCUUUACUGGCUUGACACCUACUGAAUUCUUGUUCCACGCUAUGUCGGGUCGUGAAGGCCUGGUUGAUACAGCUGUCAAAACUGCUGAAACCGGUUACAUGCAGCGUCGUUUGACAAAGGCCUUUGAAGAUCUCACGGCACAUUAUGAUUUGUCUGUCCGUAACUCAGAAGGUGCCAUCCUACAAUUCUUGUACGGUGCUGAUGGUCUCGAUCCUAUGACCAUUGAAGGUGAUGGUGUUCCAGUCGAGUUUGAGCGUAAUUUGAAACAUGUCCGACUCACGGUGUCUGCUAACGAUGAACCUGGUCUUUUGCCUUGGCAAAUCCUCACGAUUUCUGAAGCUGAAAUGGAAAAGCCUAUUUGGACACAGAACUGUACUCCUGCCUUUAUCGAGAUGACUCGAAAGUUUGUCACUGAAAAAAUCGCAAGGAAACUGGCAAAUAUUCGUAAGAAAAACGACAUGCUUCCUGGUUUGGCUGUUCCUGACGAAGAUUUCAUGGAUAUCGAUAUUGAUGAGGAUGUUGAAGAUGACACCAAGAUUGCUGUCCGAAAUAUGUUUGUUAUGACGGAAACACAGCUUCGCCAUUAUCUAGAAGUCUGUCUGUCCAAAUAUCUGAAGGCCAAGAUUGAACCUGGUACUGCUGUGGGUGCCAUUGGUGCUCAGUCCAUUGGUGAACCUGGUACACAGAUGACUUUGAAGACUUUCCAUUUUGCUGGUGUCGCUAGUAUGAACGUAACAUUGGGUGUGCCCCGUAUCAAGGAAAUUAUCAACGCUGCCAAGAUCAUCUCUACGCCUAUUAUUACUUGUGCGCUGCACGCUGACAAGGAUGUACGUGCUGCUCGUGUUGUCAAGGGCCGUGUCGAAAGGACUCUCCUUGGUGAUGUUGCCAUGUACAUGGAAGAAGUAUAUGAUCGAGACGAGACAUAUAUCUUAAUCCGUUUGGAUUUGGAUGCAAUCAACAAACUUCAGUUGGAAACCAACCUUUACGAGAUUGCCAAUGCCAUCCAAACUUUCCCUAAGCUGAAGAUGUCCCAUUUGGAUGUCCAAACGAGCCGACCUGAUCUUAUUCGCGUCUACGUUCACAGCAAACAAGAUGAAUCUGUCUACUAUAACAUCAAAGCGAUUAAACGUAUCCUACCAAGCGUCAUCAUUACUGGUCUCCCAACUGUCGUUCGUGCAGUUAUUAGUGAAAAGGAAGGCAAACAAGGUACGAAGCAGUUACUUGUGGAAGGCUAUGGUUUGUUAAAGGUCAUGACCACGGAUGGUAUCAUUGGUGAAAAGACCACGUCCAACCAUAUUAUGGAAAUUUGUGAGGUUCUGGGUAUUGAAGCUGCAAGAAAUACGAUCAUUAAUGAAAUUCAAAUGACCAUGGAGAGUCACGGUAUGACUAUCGAUCAUCGACACGUCUUCUUGUUGGGUGAUAUCAUGACGAGCAAGGUAUGCACUUUGAAUUACUACUUCCUGCUCGAAUCACCUGUACAUUGCUAA